UCGUUCGUUUGCCAGCACUGUUGCAAUUUAACAUGACUGCGAAUUCUGUUAUUGCCAUUUUGAGUUAACAUGAGACUCAGCUGUUCCAUUCGCGCCAAAUUUUUGUUGCGAAUUUUAAAGUUGUUUUCCCAAACAAAAUGCAGGCGUUUUUAAAAACUGGCAAAUCCAGCUCUGGCAACAGCAACACAGACAAGCAGGCAGCCAAUACACCCGCUGAACGCCGCAAACCCCCCGCACCAUGGGUGGAAAAAUAUCGCCCAAGAAGCGUGGAUGAUGUAGUUGAGCAAUCGGAGGUGGUGGCCGUGCUACGCAAAUGCGUCGAGGGCGCCGAUUUGCCCAAUAUGCUCCUCUAUGGCCCGCCCGGCACUGGCAAAACUAGCACCAUUCUUGCGGCGGCACGUCAAAUCUUUGGCGACAUGUACCGCGAUCGCAUACUAGAGCUGAAUGCCUCCGACGAACGUGGUAUCAAUGUGGUGCGCACUAAGAUCAAGAAUUUCGCACAGCUUACGGCAAGUAAUGUGCGUCCCGAUGGCCGUUCGUGUCCGCCCUUUAAGAUUAUUGUCUUGGACGAAGCGGACUCCAUGACCCAUGCAGCUCAAGCGGCACUGCGUCGCACUAUGGAGAAGGAGAGUCGCAGCACGCGUUUCUGUCUCAUCUGCAAUUAUGUGUCGCGCAUUAUUGUGCCCAUAACGUCGCGCUGCUCCAAGUUUCGCUUCAAAGCCCUGGGCGAGACACAGAUCAUUGCGCGAUUGCAGCACAUCUGCGAGCUGGAGGGCGUGCGCAUUGAUCCUGAUGCUUACAAGUCCAUUGUAAGGAUAUCCGGUGGAGAUAUGCGACGCGCCAUCACCACAUUGCAAUCCUGCUAUCGCCUCAAAGGCGCCGAGCACACCAUUAAUACGGACGAUCUGCUCGAGAUGUCUGGCAUCAUACCGGAGCAUUAUCUGGAAGAUUAUCUUGAGGUCUGUCGCUCGGGUAACUACGAGCGUUUGGAGCAUUUUGUACGUGAAAUUGGCUACUCGGCAUACAGCGUUGGCCAGAUGAUGGAUCAGUUCGUGGAGUUCAUUGUCCGCUGCGGCUCCCUAACUGACAAACAGAAGGCCAUCAUAUGCGACAAGCUGGGCGAAUGCUGCUAUCGGCUUCAGGAUGGUGGCUCUGAAUAUUUGCAAAUCAUGGAUCUAGGCUGUACCAUCAUUCUAGCGCUCAAAUGAAGUCCGAACUUUACUCACAUGAUCUUUUCCAUUCAAACAUUCUCAGAAGCAAAGCAUCCCCUAGAAAGAACCGGGCAUAUUUCCGAUAGACUGUUUUUUAUAUCGGGGAAACCUUAAGUUCACAAUUUGUUAAAUUACUUUUUACCCAUUAAAAUUAUUGUUUAAUA